UGAAGGCGUCACGAUGCUGCGCGCUGUAAUGGACUUCUCCGUCUCCGCCGCCGCCGCCGCCGCUCGGGCACCGGGAGCUGCGGCAGUCCGUCCUCAGUGAACCCGCUCCUCCACCACUUGAUGCCGGUGACCUUGGCCGCCGGUGAUCGCCCUCCUCGGCCUCUCGUCGCGCUUCUUCUCUGCUCGCCAUGGCAUCGUCGGACGGGCCGGACGAGGACUGCGUGCUGCAGCGGGGCAGAUCCCAGAGUGACCCGAGCAGCAUCACCGAGGUCCGCCUGGGGGACGCGCGCCGAGCAGACGUGAUGGACCAGCAGAGGGCGCUGCAGGCCGGCUGCCUGGUCUCGGGGGUCCGGACGCCGCCCGUGCGCCGCAACAGCAAGCUGGCCAGCCUGGGGCGCAUCUUCAAGCCGUGGAAGUGGAGGAAAAAGAAGAACGAGAAGCUGAAGCCUUCGGGAGCUGCGGAGAAGAAGGCGCCCGCUCGGCAGCGGAGGGACGACGUGUUGAGGAGGACCGGCGGCGAGGCGGAGACAGACUCGGAGCUGGCCUGCGGGGGCAACGGCGAGGACCCCGACACCCCCACCCAGUCUGACAGCGAGGACAGGGACGAGGAGCCCGCCGCGCCCUCGGCCUCCGACCUGUUCAGCGACCCCGACGCCUCGACAGCUCAGGACACCAGCGAGGGUCUGGAGAUGGCAGGAGGUCCAGGUCCGGGUGAGGACGGACAGGCUGAGGCCACCGUGGCGAGCGAGCCCGCCGAGGGUCAGACGAGGGCGAGCGGCGCCGACGAGAAGCAGGAGGCGACCGCCGCCAAGCCCCAGAGACGAGCCAGCACGCCUCCGCCCCCCAACAUGCCCGUCAAGCUGCUCACCAGGCUGGGCAGCCUGGACGGAGCGUCCCUCGUCAAGAAGUCCCCGGCCACGCUGCCCAGGAACUUCACCCUGCCCAAAGACCCCCACGGCUCCCUGCUGAGAGGCCGGAUCUCCACCCCCACCGGGUCGCCGCACCUUGGCGCCCUCCACCCACAGCUGCCCCCGAGCUGCAUCAUCGAGGAGCUGCACCGCGCGCUGGCCACCAAGCACCGGCAGGACAGCUUUCAGAAUAAGGAGGCCCGCUCGUCUCCUAAGCGCCGCCUGGACGGCCGCCUGUCUCGCACGUCCAGCGUGGAGAGGGAGCCGCCGGGGGAGGCGGAGGGCAAGAAGGAGUCGGACGAGAACAAGGAGAACCGGCGUCUGGACGAGUACCUGAGCGACCCGGACAGCUGGAACGAGUCUGUGAUCUCCGGGACCCUCCCCCGCAGGAUGAGGAAGGAGCUGCUGGCCGUGAAGCUGCGCAACAGGCCCAGCAAGCAGGAGCUGGAGGACCGCAACAUCUUCCCGGUGCGCAGCGACCAGGAGCGCCAGGAGAUCCGCCAGCAGAUCGAGAUGAAGCUGGCCAAGAGGCUGAGCCAGAGGCCGGCCGUGGAGGAGCUGGAGAGCCGCAACAUCCUGAAGCAGAGAAAUGACCAGAGCGAGCAGGAGGAGAGGAGGGAGAUCAAACAGCGCCUCAACAGAAAGCUGAACCAGCGGCCCACCGUGGACGAGCUGCGCGACAGGAAGAUCCUGAUCCGCUUCAGCGACUACGUGGAGGUGGCCAAAGCUCAGGACUACGACCGGAGGGCCGACAAGCCCUGGACCAGACUGUCAGCUGCCGACAAGGCGGCGAUCCGGAAGGAGCUGAACGAGUUCAAAAGCACUGAGAUGGAAGUUCAUUCUUCCAGCAAGCAUCUGACAAGAUUCCACCGGCCUUAGCAAGGUUUCUUCUGUGAAGAGUUGCUUAUACCUGGUUGUGUCAGUGAAGACCUGGCCGUCUUCCGGCGCCCUGGCCCACAGUCAGUGGGUGUCCUGAUAUUUGGGUCCAGCCAACCUUGGAGGCUAUGUCUCUAGAAACGGGAUCUGACUGCAGAAGGUGCAGCCCAAGCUCCGGAUCCGCCGCGGACCGGAACAGACUUCUUCUACUUCUUCUUUUGGUUUUGUUGAACAGACUCUUUGGGAAGACGUCCUUUUUUUUUUGACGUUUGGAGGGAAGCGUGCAUGUGACCCAGUCCCGAUCCGAGUUCUCAGUAGUCACAUCCCCGGUGAUGAGUUUCAUAUCGACAGUUGUAAAUGUUCUUAAACAGAAACCUUGUCUGCGUACAAGAUGGAGAAGAAAAGAAAAACAACCCUUUCUAAGCAUUAUUUAUUGUCUGCACAAUACAAGUUUUCAAUUUGUA